AUGCGUGGGCAGUGGUCCAGGCAGUGUCAUCGUCCUUCAAUGGCGUCAUCCGAACCGCCCGAAAGAUUUGUGUCACUUGUCGAAAUCGAUUGGCAUUUCGAAUUUACUUCAUUUUUGCCAUUAGUUGCUGUCCCAAAUGGAAACCUAAUGCAGGGCUACCAUUGUCUGUUCUUGGCCACCGGGCAGAACCGAAAUUUUGGCCUGACCCGUAGUAAUAUCAAACUGAAAAAGAAGAAAGAAAUGGCGGGUGAUCUACCAGCUGCGGGAGAUGAUGUUCAGAAUGGAGCAUCUGUUAAGUCGAAGCAACAGAAGGUGACGAAAGCGCCAGUUGAGUUGUCCCCAUGGCCCGAUUUUCUUGAACAGCGUUCUGCAUUCUUCGAUAAGCUUUUAGCAAAACAAAAAGCUGAACUGGCUGCGAAGAAAUCCGAACCGAUAAAGAUCACAUUGCCGGAUGGUAAGGAGUUUGAAGCAGAGUCGUGGCGUACCACUUCGUUCGAUAUCGCUCAGAAAAUCAGUCGAUCGCUAGCCGAUAACGCGAUUGCGGCGAAAGUCAAUGAUGAGGUAUGGGAUCUGGAUCGUCCAUUGGAGAAAGAUUCAACACUUUGUCUGUUGACAUUCGAUGAUGAAGAAGGCAAAAAGGUGUUCUGGCAUAGUUCAGCGCAUAUAUUGGGUCAAGCAGCUGAGCGCUAUUGUGGUGCACAUCUCUGUUAUGGACCACCACUUGCUGAGGGCUUUUAUUACGAUAUGUUCAAAGAGGGUGAUGCAAUUUCUCCAGAAGACUUCCCAAAACUGGAACAGAUAGUGAAAUGCGCCGUCAAGGAUAAGCAGCCAUUCGAACGACUCCUUGUGACCAAAGAAGAUCUGCUGGAACUGUUCAAAUAUAAUAAAUUUAAGUUGCGCAUAAUAAAUGAGAAGGUAAAAGAGCCACUCGCGACAGUUUAUCGUUGUGGCCCUCUGAUUGAUCUCUGUCGAGGACCGCACGUUCGUCACACUGGCAAAGUGAAGGCGAUGGCAGUCACAAAGACGUCGAGUUCGUAUUGGGAAGGCAAAGCAGAUGCUGAAUCGCUGACACGUAUCUAUGGAAUCUCAUUCCCAGAUUCUAAGCAGUUGAAAGAAUGGCAAAAGCUUCAGGAAGAGGCCGCCAAACGAGAUCAUCGUAAGAUAGGUCGUGAUCAAGAGUUGUUCUUCUUCAAUGGCUUGAGUCCAGGUGCUGCGUUCUGGUAUCCGAAAGGAGCACAUAUUUACAUUACGCUAUGCGAUUUCAUGAGAAAACAAUAUCGAAAGCGUGGCUUCACUGAGGUAAUCACACCAAAUAUGUUCAACAGUAAACUAUGGGAGCAAUCUGGGCACUGGCAACAUUAUUCAGAUGCAAUGUUCAAGAUCGAAGUGGAGAAGGAGAUGUACGGACUGAAACCGAUGAAUUGUCCAGGACAUUGUAUCAUGUAUUCGCAUAUGCCACGCACCCACAACGAGUUACCAAUGAGAUACGCUGAUUUUGGUGUGCUUCAUCGUAACGAAAUGAGUGGUGCACUCACUGGUCUAACUCGUGUACGUCGUUUUCAACAAGAUGACGCGCACAUCUUCUGCAGACCCGAUCAGAUCAUUUCGGAAAUUAAGGGGUGCAUCGACUUCAUCAAUUAUGUUUAUGUGGAUGUGUUCGGAUUCACAUUCAAGAUGAAUUUGAGUACGAGACCGGAGGAGGAUUAUCUUGGUGAUAUAGAAACAUGGGACCACGCGGAAGCGGAGUUGAAGAAAGCGUUGGAUGAAAGUGGUCAUGCAUGGGAGUUGAAUCCGGGCGAUGGUGCUUUUUAUGGACCGAAGAUCGAUAUCACCAUUCAAGACGCACUGAAACGUUAUCAUCAAUGCGCUACUAUUCAGUUAGAUUUCCAGUUGCCACAGCGUUUCGAUUUGGUUUACUUUGAUGAAAAUAAUGAACGAAAACGUCCCGUAAUGAUACAUCGUGCAUUGCUUGGCUCGAUUGAGCGCAUGACUGCGAUUCUUACCGAAAAUUUCGGUGGCAAAUGGCCAUUCUGGUUGUCACCAAGACAGGCAAAGGUAAUAACUGUCCAUGAAACGCAAAGAGAAUACGCGAAAAAAGUGCAGAAAACGUUGUAUGAAGCGGGUUACGAAGUGGAAUUUGAUGAGUUGAGUUCGGAUACGUUGAAUAAACAAAUUCGUAAUGCGCAAUUGGCACAAUUCAAUUUCAUUUUGGUGGUUGGACCGAAAGAGGCGCAGAAUGGAACGGUGAACGUGCGUACACGAGACAACGCUGUACGAGGUGAGGUGAAAUUAGAGGACUUGAUAGUGAAAUUCAAUCGUUUUCGUGAUGAAUAUUCGAAAGACGUUGAGAGCGCAGAACAUUUCUAA